GCGUUCAACGAAAACCAAAACAAGCAAUUUUGUAAACAAAAUUUGGAAUACAGUUAAAAAAAAGCUUAAAAAGCGUAAUAAAAUGAAAGUGCAAAUCUGCCGAGUUUGCCUUGAAACCUCGGAAGCCUUGGUUAAUAUCUUUGAUGGCAUCCCAGACAAAAGGAUUUCCAUAGCGGAUAUGAUAACCCAGUGUACUGGAUUUAACGUUUCUAGGGGGGAUGCCUUCCCCAAAAGUAUUUGUUUGCCUUGUAAAGAAGAUGCGACCAAUGCCUAUGAAAUAAAACAACUUUACGAGACCAGCCACCGGGCCUUCUGCCAGAUUAAAAGAGAUAUCAAGGAAGAGAAGGACCUUCUAAAAGCCGAAAUUUGCAAAAAAUCAAACGUCGAAAGCACGGAAGCUGUAAAGGUUCAUUGCGAACUGAAAAAUGAAGAUAUCGAGUCUGAAGCAGACGAGUUCCAGGGUCAAGUGAAGAACGAGCCUAUUGAAGAAGAUGUAUUUGAGGAAGAUCCCCUCCAUAUUUUGGAUUGUGAGCAUCAGGUCGACAUCCAAGUAAAAAUAGAAGAGUCCCAUGAUUCCUUUCAAGCAGAUGAUCAGCGUUUUGGUGAUACUCUUGGCCACGAGGAGAAGGCGGAACAUACCCUAAAAAAUAUUCGGGAACGGCACAAGUGUCCACAUUGCCAGAAGCCUUUUAAAAAUUAUUCAGAUAUGGAGCGACACAUCCGAUCCCACACAGGAGAACGGCCCUAUAAAUGUUCUGACUGUCCGAAAUCUUUUACACAAUUAAAAUCUCUUCAGAUUCACAUCCGAUUACACACGGGAGAACGACCUUACACAUGUUCCUAUUGUCAAAAGUCUUUUGUACGGCUCGAAGGCUACAAGCAACAUAUGAGAAUCCACACAGGAGAACGUCCUUACAAGUGCACCCACUGCGAAAAUUCCUUUGCACGAACAGAAAACCUUAGGCAACACAUUCGUAGCCAUACAGGAGAACGACCCUACAAGUGUCCGCAUUGCGAGCAGUCUUUUUCACAAAUCGGAUCUCUCAAGAUACACAUCAGAAGACAUACUGGAGAACGACCCUACAAGUGUUCAGAUUGCGAGAAGUCAUUUGCACAAAACUGCCUUCUUCAGCUACACCUGAGGAGCCACACUGGAGAAAGACCCUUCAAGUGCACCCACUGUGAGAAAUCUUUUGUACAAAGUAGCGCUCUUAAAAUACACAUCAGAAAACAUACUGGAGAACGACCCUACAAGUGUUCAGAUUGCAAAAAGUCUUUUACACAAAAAAGCUCUCUUCAGCUACACCUGAAAACCCACACUGGAGAAAGACCCUUCAAGUGCACCCACUGUGAGAAAUCUUUUGGACAAAAAGGAACUCUUCAGAAACACCUGCAGAUCCACAUUGGAGAACGACAUUUCAAAUGAACCAUCUGCUAGAAAUCCGAACCCACAUAAGAGAGAAAAACCUUACCAGUGUUCAAAGUCAACCGGAACCCUUAGGCAAAACAUCCGUCAGAAACACAGAAGAACAACCUUGGAGUGAUCUUAAUUUGUUUUUAUGCAUGUUGAUUAUGUAUUUUGGUAUUUUGCAUUUUUUUUAAUAUCUGCUGCUCUAUACGUUUGUACAUAAAAUAUAUUAAAAUAAUACUGUUAA